GAUGUGUUGAAUAGGCCCGCUCACGAAUUUGGAAAUGAUGAAACAGUUGAAACUUUAUGGGCUAUGAAAGCCAUGGAUCAUGUUAUUGUCUAUUUUAAUAUACUUUGCUCUGUAGACCCAAAAUUUCUCAAAAUGUGCCCCCAAGAUGAAAUUAUCUACCAUUGUUUUCGUCAAGAAUUUCCAGAUAUGGAUGUUAAAGUACUAGAUGAAAAUUCAUUAAAAGGCUAUACAGGAAAAUGCCGAUGGAGAGAAUUUUGUGAACGAUUCAAACAUAUAGAAGAUUACAGUUUUGGUACCUUAAUACGCUUAGAUUGCACAUUGGAUUAUAGUCCAGAAAAUACUAUUUUAGUUCCAAGAGUUCAGUUUUAUGCCAUAGAAUCUGCUCGAAAUAAAGAAGGCCUUAAUGACUGCAUCAGAAAAAAAUAUGCUAAUGUAAGUGAUGUUGCGAGUAAUGAAAAUGUAAAUCCCAUAGAAAAUAAUUAGCAUGGUUAUGUUUAAGAUGUACAUGAGAAAAAA